GGGCUCAAAAUCUGCACAGGCACAGCAACAGAUCUGCAUAGCCAUAUUAAUCAACGCCUUCAGGUUUUUAUUGAUUCUUCUCUAAAAAAAAUUGUAGAAAAACCCUAGUUAUGGAUAUUGAUAACGAGAUAGCGAAAACCCAAGAAGAGCGAAGGCGAAAAGAGGAGGAACUCGCUUCGCUUACCUCCCUAACUUUCGACCGGGAUCUUUACGGCGGAACAGACAGGGAUGCUUACGUUUCCUCCAUCCCUGUUAACGAUGACGAUGAUGCGAAUCUUGAUUCCAUGGAUUCUGAGGUUGCUCGGAAGCUCGCCUCUUAUACGGCCCCUAAAUCACUCCUCAAGGAGAUGCCCCGUGGUGAAGAAGAUGAUAACUCGUUAGGGUUUAGGAAACCCGCGAAAAUUAUUGACCGUGAAGAUGAUUAUAGGAGGAGGAGGUUGAACCAAGUCAUUUCUCCGGAUAGACACGAUGCAUUUGCGGCCGGGGAGAAGACUCCGGAUCCCUCCGUGAGGACUUAUGCUGAUGUGAUGAGAGAGCAGGCAUUGAAGAGGGAGAAGGAAGAGACUUUAAGAGCUAUAGCAAAGAAGAAAAAGGAGGAAGAGGAGGCCGCUGUGGUAGAGAAAGAGAGUGGUGGUACAGCUGCUGCGGUGCCUAAGAGGAGGAAUAGAUGGGACCAGUCUCAAGAUGACGGUAGUUCUGCAGCAAAGAAGGCUAAAACGUCUGAUUGGGAUUUGCCUGAUGCAACUCCUGGUAUUGGGCGUUGGGAUGCUACCCCAACGCCUGGGAGAGUUUCUGAUGCGACUCCAUCAGUUGGGAGGAGGAAUAGGUGGGAUGAGACACCAACACCUGGGCGGGUGGCUGAUUCAGAUGGAACCCCAGCAGGUGGAAUUACCCCUGGUGCAACACCAGCUGGGGUUACAUGGGAUGCUACUCCGAAAGGGUUGGUUACUCCUACGCCAAAACGACAGAGAUCUAGGUGGGACGAGACUCCUGCAACCAUGGGGAGUGCAACUCCAAUGGCAGGGGCUACACCAAAUGUUCCUCUUACACCUGGAGUUACUCCUUUUGGUGGUACAGAUUUGCAAACACCAACUCCAAGUAAUCUUCGUGGGCCUAUGACUCCGGAGCAGUAUAAUUUGUUGAGGUGGGAGAAGGAUAUUGAGGAGAGGAAUCGGCCAUUGACUGAUGAGGAGCUUGAUGCUAUGUUCCCACAAGAAGGGUAUAAGAUUUUGGAACCACCUUCAUCUUAUGUGCCUAUUAGGACACCUGCUCGAAAGCUUCUUGCUACUCCAACUCCUAUGGGAACUCCACUUUAUGCUAUACCCGAGGAGAAUCGUGGGCAGCAAUUUGAUGUGCCUAAGGAACCACCUGGUGGGUUGCCAUUUAUGAAGCCUGAGGAUUAUCAGUAUUUUGGGUCAUUAUUGAAUGAGGAAAAUGAGGAUGAGCUGUCUCCAGAAGAGCAGAAGGAACGGAAGAUCAUGAAACUUUUGUUGAAGGUAAAGAAUGGAACACCACCACAGAGGAAAACUGCUCUGAGGCAGCUCACUGAUAAGGCAAGGGAAUUUGGUGCUAAUGCAUUAUUUAAUAGGAUUCUGCCGUUGCUUAUGCAACCUACAUUGGAAGAUCAGGAGAGGCAUCUAUUGGUUAAGGUUAUUGACAGGGUGCUGUAUAAAUUGGAUGAGUUGGUUAGGCCUUAUGUACACAAGAUUCUUGUUGUGAUCGAACCCUUGUUGAUUGAUGAAGAUUAUUAUGCACGUGUGGAGGGUAGAGAAAUCAUUUCUAAUCUCAGUAAGGCAGCUGGUUUGGCUACUAUGAUUGCUGCAAUGCGUCCUGAUAUUGACAACAUUGAUGAAUAUGUUAGGAAUACAACUGCUAGAGCUUUUAGUGUUGUUGCUUCUGCACUUGGGAUUCCUGCACUUCUACCAUUUUUGAAAGCUGUGUGUCAGAGUAAGAAGUCAUGGCAAGCUAGGCAUACUGGGAUCAAGAUUGUUCAGCAGAUUGCUAUUUUGAUAGGCUGUGCUGUGCUUCCUCAUUUAAAGUCCCUAGUAGAAAUCAUAGAACAUGGGUUGAAUGAUGAGAAUCAGAAGGUGAGGACAAUUACUGCUUUGUCUCUGGCUGCUCUUGCUGAGGCUGCUGCGCCCUAUGGCAUUGAAAGCUUUGACUCAGUUUUAAAACCAUUGUGGAAGGGUAUCAGGUCUCACCGAGGUAAAGUAUUGGCUGCAUUUUUGAAGGCCAUCGGUUUUAUCAUUCCUUUGAUGGAUGCUAUUUAUGCUAGUUACUAUACAAAAGAAGUUAUGUUCAUUCUUAUCCGUGAGUUCCAGUCUCCUGAUGAAGAAAUGAAGAAGAUUGUGCUCAAGGUGGUGAAGCAAUGUGUGAGCACUGAGGGUGUUGAAGCCGAGUACAUUAGGAAUGAUAUUCUACCUGAGUUCUUCAGGAAUUUCUGGGUGAGAAGGAUGGCUUUAGAUAGGAGAAAUUAUAGGCAGCUUGUGGAGACAACUGUUGAGAUGGCAAAUAAAGUAGGUGUUGCUGAUAUCGUAGGGAGAAUAGUGGAGGAUCUGAAGGAUGAGAGUGAACCCUACAGACGUAUGGUAAUGGAAACAAUUGAGAAGGUGGUUACAAAUUUGGGUGCAUCUGAUAUUGAUGCCAGGUUGGAGGAACUUUUGAUUGAUGGUAUUCUUUAUGCUUUCCAAGAGCAGACUAGUGAUGAUGCCAAUGUGAUGCUUAAUGGAUUUGGUGCUGUUGUGAAUUCACUGGGACAGAGAGUGAAACCUUAUCUUCCCCAGAUCUGUGGUACCAUAAAAUGGCGCUUGAAUAACAAGAGUGCCAAGGUCAGGCAGCAGGCAGCUGAUCUUAUUUCAAGAAUUGCAGUGGUUAUGAAACAGUGCCAAGAGGAACAAUUGAUGGGUCAUCUUGGGGUUGUUCUAUAUGAGUAUCUGGGUGAGGAGUACCCUGAAGUUUUGGGAUCUAUUUUAGGAGCCCUCAAGGCAAUUGUCAAUGUUAUUGGUAUGACAAAAAUGACACCUCCUAUCAAGGAUUUGCUUCCAAGGUUGACACCUAUUCUGAAAAAUAGGCAUGAGAAGGUCCAGGAAAACUGCAUUGAUCUGGUUGGUCGUAUUGCUGAUCGAGGUGCAGAGUUUGUACCAGCUAGGGAGUGGAUGAGGAUUUGUUUUGAGCUUCUUGAGAUGCUUAAAGCUCACAAGAAGGGUAUUCGGAGAGCUACUGUCAAUACUUUUGGAUAUAUUGCUAAAGCCAUUGGCCCACAAGAUGUCUUGGCUACUCUAUUAAACAAUCUCAAAGUACAAGAACGCCAGAACCGUGUUUGUACUACUGUGGCAAUUGCAAUUGUUGCUGAAACAUGUUCUCCUUUCACAGUUUUACCAGCAUUGAUGAAUGAGUACCGUGUGCCAGAACUUAAUGUGCAGAAUGGUGUCUUGAAAUCUCUUUCCUUCCUGUUCGAGUAUAUUGGUGAAAUGGGUAAAGAUUACAUCUAUGCUGUGACUCCAUUACUUGAGGAUGCUCUCAUGGAUAGAGAUUUGGUUCACAGGCAAACUGCAGCCUCAGCUGUGAAGCACAUGGCUUUGGGUGUGGCCGGGUUAGGUUGCGAGGAUGCUUUAGUCCACUUGCUGAACUAUGUUUGGCCCAACAUAUUUGAGACUUCCCCUCAUGUAAUCAAUGCUGUCACGGAGGCUAUUGAAGGGAUGAGGGUAGCUUUAGGUGCUGCAGUGGUGCUGAACUAUUGUCUCCAGGGUCUCUUCCAUCCUGCUCGGAAGGUUAGGGAAGUAUAUUGGAAGAUAUAUAAUUCACUGUAUAUUGGAGCUCAAGAUGCUCUUGUUGCAGCAUAUCCUAUUCUAGAGGACGAACAGAGUAGUGAGCAGAACAACAUAUACAGUAGACCCGAGUUAAUGAUGUUCGUAUAAAUUGGCUCGUGGUAGGCAGAUAUCAAUUGGAAAUUGCUCCCUUUGCUAAUGCACUAGGUAGUUGAAAUUAGAACUCGUACGCUUAUAAUGGGAUUGUGACAUUGUUUAUUACUGCUUUUAUGAUUUUACUGUGUGAUGUAUGGUACGAAAUGAUAAUUUUGCAGAAUUUUAUGUUAUUACG